AUGGCAGCUGGUGGUCCCAAUGCAAGCCAAGUAGGCCGAGUGGGAGGCCAGAGGAGAGCGAAUUCCAUUGCCAUGGGCGACGGAUGGUGGAGUAGAGAGAAGAGACCAGCAGCCAAUGACCCUCCUAUUCAACCUUUUAUGGUGGAAACCUCUGAUGAGGAGAUACAGGACCUCCACGCGAGGCUGGACAAGGCCCGACUCUCUCCUCCUCUGGAGGACUCCCGCUUCCACUAUGGCUUCAAUCCCUUGUACCUCAGGAAAGUGAUCUCCUACUGGAGGCACCAGUUUGACUGGGAGAAGCAAGUUAACGUCCUGAACCGCUACCCACACUUCAAAACGAAAAUCGAAGGCUUAAAUGUACACUUUGUCCACUGUAAGCCCUUUGGUGCUGCUGCUGGCCAGCUUGGGAAACCCCUGAUGCUGCUGCAUGGCUGGCCUGGUUCUUUUUACGAGUUUUAUUGGAUGCUGCCACUCCUGCUGACCAAUCAGGACGACCUGGUCUUCGAAGUCAUCUGCCCCUCUAUUCCUGGCUAUGGCUACUCUGAUGCCCCAGAGCUUGAAGGAUUCAACACUCUGGAUGCAGCUCGAGUCUUUCUGAAGCUGAUGGAGCGUCUGGGCUAUUCCGAGUUCUACCUGCAGGGUGGCGACUGGGGCUCCAUCAUCGCCACCAACAUGGCUCAAAUGAAACCGGACUGUGUGAAGGGCCUCCAUCUCAACAUGUUUCCCGUUACCAAUGGAAACCUGGUCGUGCUGCUGUCUCUGCUAUUGGGCUCCCACUUCCCCUCUCUGGUGGGCUUCAGCCAGGAGGAUGUCAACCGCCUCUACCCCUACAUACAGAAGAAUGUCUUCUCCAUGCUGAGGGAGACCGGCUACCUGCACAUCCAGGCCACAAAACCAGACACAGCGGGCUGUGGGUUGAAUGACUCUCCUGUUGGCUUGGCUGCUUACAUACUGGAGAAGUUUUCCAGCUGGACUGACCCUCAGAAUGUACAUCAUCAUGAUGGAGGACUUGAGAGGAAAUUCUGCCUUGAUGACCUCCUCACUAAUGUCAUGAUCUAUUGGACUACGGGUUCCAUAGUGUCUUCAAUGCGCUUUUACAAAGAGAACUUCAAAGGAAGCCUUUGGAAAAGGGAGGACGCCAGGACAGGUGUAUACGUGCCCACUGGGCUGGCCGCCUUCCCAGAGGACCUGCUCCAUUGCCCACCCCUGUGGGCUCGGCAGAAAUACAAGAACAUUGUGUCCUACUCAUACAUGCCCCGUGGAGGACACUUCGCUGCCAUGGAGGAGCCGCAGCUCCUGGCUGAUGAUAUCCGGCAGUUUGUGGCUAAAGUGGAGGCUCUGAAGAAAUAG